AUGAGCCACGUGAAGAACAGCAAGCGGCGGGCAUCCAAAAAGUCCUUCUCUCCCUUUGCCAACCCAGUGGCAGCAGUGGCGAACGUCGCUGUCGCACGGCCUAUAGAUGAGAUUUUGGAACCCAGUUCGCGUCCCAGGAGCCAGAGUACCUCGCACCGUCCAAGCGAGAAGGAGAUUCUACCGGGCCGUCGGAGGGCUACAACAAGAUCUACAGAACCCACGUCGGUGGAAAGAGCUCCAGAUGUCUUUCAGUUCCUAGAUAACGAGGACUCAGAACCCAGUGGAAAAGCUCUGAAAUGCGUAGAACGGCGCUAUUCGGAACAAGCUCCAGCUUCACGGUCACCAGAGCAGGACUGCUCUCGCAAGGACAGCGCGGCAUACAGUUUUCGUUCAGACUCGGGAAUAUCGGUCAGAGAUCAUAGCCCAGGACGUGCUUCGUCCACCGUCUCAGGAGACGAAUAUCAACCUCCCACCCCGCCGGAUAUACCCCUCGACAACAUGAAAUGGGGCCUAGUCAGGCCCCUGAAGUCGAAGCGACCAGGUCCAAUGGCCGGCGCCUACAUCACAGACACUGAAUCCUUACUUGAGAACCCGGUGACCUCUUCUUCGUUUAUGGACCCCUCAGCGCCCGAGUCGUUUUACUACGCUAGACAUCUUUCGACGAAACCGGCUUCGCCAAAGAAAAAAAGACCGGAACGUCCUAGCAUCGAUACCGCCAAAGCAACCCAACAUGCACGCCGCCGUUCUCUUUCCGUAUCUUCUCCUAAAUCAUCACCACCCGAGAAGCCCGCUCCCGAGUCGCGUCCGCGCAUCUACCGAAAAUUCGAUGCCCUGAAUCACCGGCUCUUAAGGCAUUUGCAAGAGGAAAUAAUCCAGCUUGAAGAAGACCUCAGCACCCUGGACGAACUGGAAGCCGCUCACCAAAGCCCCGCAAGCGCUCGUAAUUCUCCCAGACAGAAGCUUCUAGCUGCCAAGUAUCACGACCUUCAGAUCCAGGAUUACUCAGUGCUUCACUACAAGAGAACUGAUCUACUUGAGAAGGUAGCAUUGAAGACAGAGCAAUACAACCGGGUCCUGUGCUCUUUUAAUAAAGUCGUCCAAACCCUUCCACCUCCCUCUGAGGAUGACAUUGAAACCUACCGCAACUCGCUCAGCACCUCCCAAUCUACCACCAAGGGCGAUCGACGAAUUCUCGACCACAAAUCCGACCUCGUCCUUGUCGCUCCCCGUCCAAUGAAUAGCUCCACGACCAUCCUUCAACAUCCAAAUCCUAUCUACACCACCAUCGCUGCUAUAUGCGCAGCUAUCUUGUUCCCUCUCCUCGCAUUUGGUGCCAUAAAUGAAUUCUUCGGAAGGAUCGUGAUCGUUGCCAUUAUCGGGGGUAUGAUUGCUCUGUGGGCAUCGAAUGGUCCCGGAGGACAUGAAUAUUUUAUUGAUCCGCAAGACGGGUGGAAGUGCGCAGUGCUAUAUUUCGGAUUUAUGUCCAUCGCGGCAAUGAUCAUUUCAUGA